AUGACAAAGACGGUGCGGCGAGCGGCGAUAUCGGCCGAGGAGCUUGCCGACGAAGGCACCGAGCCCUCGUGUGCUCCAAAAGCCCCUCCUGUUCGAGCAGCUCUGCUGGAGGCGAUGAGCGGGAAUGCGCUCUUCGAGUCUCUGCAGCCGGAGCUGCUCGAGGCGAUUGCCGACUCGAUGGCCGAGCACGUAGCCGCUGAGGGAGAAGUGAUCAUCCGGCAGGGCGACCCGGGCGACCACCUGUACAUUGUCCACAGCGGCGCCUUCGCGGCCUUUGUCGCCGACGCGGCAUCCGGCCAGGAGGCCAAGGUGGCAGAUUACAAGAGCGGGCAGUACUUUGGAGAGCUCGCGCUGCUGUACAACUCGCCUCGCGCGGCCACGGUUCGCGCCCAGGAAACGGGCACCUGCUACUGCCUCGACCGCGCAACCUUUCGCACGCUCGUCAAGGGCUACCUGACCAAGUCCAAGGUUGGGCUUCAGCAGUACCUGAGCACAGUGCCGGUGCUACGUGGCCUGGAGGCCGAGCAGUACGCGGAGCUCGCCUCGGCCGCCGGUGUCGACGUCUUCCACGACGGCGAGUACAUCUGCAGCAUGGGCGAGGCGGCAGACGAGCUCUUCCUCGUGGUCUGCCACAAGGGUGACGGUGGUGAGCUGAUGCGGCUUGCCGAAGGUCAAUUCUUUGGCGAGUCGGCCCUCCAGGAGGGGAGCGAAUUGCAGAAGCGGCAAGCAAACGUGGUUUCGGUUGGCAGGACCAGUCUGGCACGUAUCCGAAGGGAGGACUUCGUCCGCCUGCUCGGCUCGCUCACGCAGGCAAUGAAUCGCAACCUCAACCGCAAGGUGCUCGCCGGAGUUGCGCUGCUGUCUCCGCUCGACGACGCCCUCAAGGACCAAAUAGUGGACGCCUUUGUCGAGGAAACCUAUCCGGAUGGCGCCAACAUCGUCACCAAGGGCGAUCAGGGCAAGGCCUUCCACAUCAUCAAGUCAGGCUCAGCUGUGGUGCAGGCCUCAGACGACGUCACGCUCGGCCCCUCCCAGUACUUUGGAGAGAGGUCAAUGCGACCGUGGUAG